GUUUAGUGUUGAAGUAGCAGAGGACGAGCGAUAUCAUCGAGGAAUAGAUGACAUGACCCUAGCCGAGACUUACUGUGUCCAAUGUAGAAACCUGCUCGGGUGGAAAAUUAUUGCAAUCUCCCAACCGUCUAGGAGUCAUAUAGUAGGAGGAUUCAUCAUGAGAUUGAACGAGAUUAUUUGCUGGAACAAUGUACUGUUGUUGGAUUUACUCUUUGGAGGCAAUAAUGAACAGGCUCCUAAUGAUCAAGAUGGAGGUGCAGAUGAAGAACAGGAUAAUGAUCAAAAUGGAGACGCUAAUGAACAAAAUUUAGGCACUAAUGGGGAAAAUGCUAAUCAGGAUGAAAAUGGAGGCAUUAAUGGACAAGUUCCUAAUCAAGAUGUAGAUAUUGUUGAGGGAAUGGGCAAUAUUGAUCUAAAUGCAAACAUUUGA